GCUGUGGUUCAUAUUUACACCGUUCUUUCACGCUGGUCCAUGCAGAUGUUUCCAGAUGUUCGACUUCAUACACCAGAUGACCAGCAGACCCGAAGAUAUAUUAAUGGUAACCAAAGAUGUUAUUCGGGAAUUUGCUGCUGAUGGAGUCAAAUAUCUCGAAUUAAGGAGCACGCCCAGGGAGGAGAAAAGCUCAGGCAUGACCAAGCGAACGUACGUGGAAGCUGUCCUUGAGGGCAUCAAGCAGUGUCAGGAAGAGGGAUUGGAUAUAGAUGUAAGAUUUCUCGUAUCUGUGGACAGAAGCAAGGGGGCAGUGACUGCCAAGGAAACCGUCAAGCUGGCGGGAGACUUCCUGCUGUCCACCAAUGGUGUGGUCCUUGGUCUGGACCUCAGCGGGAAUCCGAAAGCGGGGCAUGGCCAGGACUUCUUGGAGCCUCUUCUGGAAGCCAAGAAAGCUGGUUUGAAGUUGACGUUGCAUCUUUCAGAGAUCCCAGAACAGGAGGAGGAAACCCGGCUGCUUCUGGGUCUUUGCCCGGACCGCAUCGGACACGGGACGUUCCUUCAUACCUCCGAAUUGGCCACACGGGACCUGGUGGAGCUGGUGAGGCGAAACAGGACCCCUCUAGAACUCUGCCUGACCUCCAACCUGAAAGCCGAGACGGUGCCCUCCAAGGCCCAACACCAUUUCGGAUUCUGGUACCGCCUGGGUCAUCCCGUGGUCCUUUGUGUAAGGUGCUUCGGAUUCUCCUGGGGGGGCGGGGGGGACAGAGAAGGAUCCCACUUUUUAAAUAAUGCUACGGGCCCCGCGUGGCUGUCCUAGUCCUUAAGAAAAAGCCCCAGAAGUUUGCUUGAGGGCUCCUGGGCGCUCUCUGAGCUUGGUGGUUUUCCUUGGCAGACGUUUCAUGACCCCAACUAGGUAACAUCCUCAGCGCUAAGGAUGGCUGGCACUAAUGAGCCCUGGUGAUGUUACCUAGUUGGGGUCAUGAAACGUCUCCAAGGAAAACCACCAAGCUCAGAGA